UAAUAAUAUUAUGUAAAUUUAGUUCUAAAUCAAUCAUAUGAAUAAAGUGCUAAAGACUAAUGUUUUAUGUUUAUUAAGAAAACUUUAAUUGUAAUUUCUAUUCUAUUGAAAUUGAAUAUCAAUAGUUAAUAUUAUUUCCUAAUUUCUUAAUUGUCAAGAUAUUUUAAUAUUAUGUUAUAACUUAUAAUGUCAUUAAUGAAAACAAAAGAAAAUAUUUCCCAGUUUUUAGGUGUAAAUUGAACGAUCAUUUAGAUAGUUAUUAGAAAAAUUAUUUAAAUUGUUUUCCUAACUUAAAUUAUAACAAAUAUUCUUGAUGUGAUAACUUAGCUCCUGGACUAUGGUAUUUUUUAUUAUUUGGUGUAUUUCAGCACUAUUAUUAAUGUGGCUUUUUAGCUUCUAGUUUAUUAACUAAAAACUAGAUAAAAUAAAUUCUAAAAUAUUUCAAUUUAUGAUUUAGAAAUAAUUAGUGUACUUUUAUCUUAAGCAUGUUCAACGGUUAAACUUCUUGAUUCUGGAAAAAUUAUUAGAAGUUAAGAAAACAACUAUUUCAUACAGAAGAUUUUGAAAUGCUAUGUUUAUUUUUAUGAUUUCAGUACUACACAAAAAGUUUGAAAAGCAACAAUAAUAGAUAUAGAAACAAGAACUUUUUUUUGUAGUUCUUAUAUCAAAAAAAUUAAACAAUGUUGUACAUUCCAAAAUCUCUUCAGUGUGAAGAUUUGGUUGCUCAACUUGGACUACAGUCCGUCAUCCUUCCCUGAAAGAGUACUAUGUUAUGUUAUAUAUACGUAAGACGGAGACAAUGUAUACAGGUUAGGUAUGCAUCCUCUUAUAAGCACUUUUCUGUAACAACAGGUGAAAUAUUGAGAGUUUCUAUUAAAAAGAGGAUAUCAAAUUUCAUUUAUAUCAUCAAAUCAAAAUAAAAUAAUUAUAACACGGUAAUAUAACUGAGAUUUUUUUGUCAAUUUUAUAAGUAAAUAAUAAUUAUAUUGUUGUAAUAUAGACACAUUUAUUUUUAUUUUAUUAAAACCAUAGAGAAAAACAAUUUUGAUUACAUUUAUCUUUUAUUUUUAAACCACAAACUGAUGAAAUUAUCAUCGUGAGAACUUUCAUAGACCAUUCAUUAAUACUGUGAAAAUAUGAGUUUAUAACCUAUGUCCUAUAUACAUUAUAAAGCCAUUUUAAGAUUAGAUUUAAACUUAAUAUUGUUUUAUACAUAACUGAAUUAUUAAAAUAAAUUUAUUCAAUAUAAUAUAACUUCAGUGACGUGUAGCAUAUUGUAUUUAAGUAUAAUUCAAUAUGGCUUUUUUUUCAUUAGUUUUAACACCAAAUGAUGUAAAUUCAUGUGUGAAUAUGUUUCGACAACAUACAGAGACUUUAUGUCCCAAAUGUGGUAUCAAUAAAAUUAUGGUAGUGGAAAAAACUUUACGCCUCACCAUGGCCGUUAUAGAUAUUGAUUUUGGAGCAUUUAUUAGACGACCAAUGGACUGGCCAUUUGACUAUGAGACACCUCAAUUUGUGUUAAACAACAGAUUUAAAUUCACUUUAAAAAUGAAAUCAUCCACAAACAAACAAGAGCUAUCUAAUAUUAACCAAUUAAGGAAAGACCAAUGGAAUCAAAAUUUCAUUAGUAUACCAUGUCCAGGAUUGUGGAUUUAGAUAACACACAUUUAACACCAAAAAAUGAAGUGAGGAAUGAUGAAACAGCGCAGAUAGGGAAAGAGUGUCAGUGGUGAUUUACUACUAACACUCUUGAAGAGUCAUAAUGCAAACUAAGGAAAAAGUAAUGUUAGUAUAAA